AAGUAUCCAACUCAAUGACAAGAUGGCGGCGACCCAGAGAGAGAAGCCGCGGGGCCACUUCCGGUCCCGCCCUCUCGCCGUGUCGCACUUCCAGCCCCGCCCCGCCUGCACCUUGGCGCGGUACGCCGUUGCCAAGGAAGCGGCCUGGGCUCCCAACUCAAGAGUUGCGAGGCAUUCUCGGAGCCUCAGACGCUCUGGAGGAAGUUCUGUGAGCCAGACAGACAGAGAGCUGAGGCUGCGACGCCGGAGACAGGGAUGGGAGGGCCGCUUGCGCCCGGCCCUGAAUCAGGAAGCCAGGAGCCAGAAAGCCAGGCACCUGCAUGAAUCCCAGGCCUCCCAGCCUAGUCCAAAAGCUGGACAUAGUCAGCCACUCCAGCUUCAUGGGCAAACAUCUGUGAGAGGAGCUGUGGGGAUGGCACACCUGCUAGGCAGCCAGGCUUGUAUGGACAGCCUGCGCAAGGACCUCACCGACCUGCAGGGCACCAUUGUGGAUGUGUUCUCUCGCGCUGGGCCUGUGCGCUUCCCCUCCUGGAAGUUCCCUGACCGUGUGGCCUGCGACCUUGACAUGGUGGCCCUUCUGGAGCACUAUGACCAUGUACCAGGUGACCCUGAGUUCACACAGUUGUCCCAUGCCGUGCUGCUGGAGCUGGUCAUUGACAGGCUCCUGCUGCUGCUUCAGAGUUGUGCCAGCUACUUGGAAAACCUCAGUGUGGAGCAGACGAUGCCUCCUGCCCGGGCUGCAGGGCCAUGCAUGUCCGUGGGACUUACAGUACGGCGCUUCUGGAGCAACCUGCUUAGGCUGGGCCUGCUCUACCAGCAGGCAGUCCCCCAGAAAAGAGCAAACCAAGGGGAGAUUUCUAUCACCAAGCCCACAGCUAAGGGUGAACCAGCCAGGAGCCCAGAAUGUAUGACUGCCAAGUUCAUCAAGCCUCCUUCCCCGGUGCCAGGCUUGCCUUUGAUCUGCCAAGGGUUGCAGAGCAUCCCUGUCAGAGUCUCCCUGCGGAGCCCAGGUGGAACCUCUGAGAAAACUAAGAACGUCUACUCCCAGACCGUCGAGACAGCCUUGGUGCCCUGUGAUGCUUGCAGCAGUGUCCAGGGCAGCUUGUGGGAGGUGGGCAAGGUGGUUAUCAGCCUGUGUCAGAGCCAAAACUUGCCUUCAUCCUUGGGCCAGUUCCAGAAGUUGGUGCAGGACAGCCUGGGGCUUAAACCACUGCCAGCUGCCACUGUGGGCCACUGGGCAGCAGAGCAGAGCAAAGACCUGACUCGUCUCAAUAAACAUGUGGGGGCCCUCACCCAGCUUGUUGGGCCCCUCAGGGCUCAGCUGGAAGAUGCUGAGGUUCAGAAGGAUGGACUGAGGAAGCAGGUGAGCAAGCUGGAGCAGAUCCUGCAGCAGGAGCAAGGGGAGCGGCAGCGGCAGACAGAGGAGGCUGAGCGGACCCUGGCCAAGUGCGAGCAUGACAGGCAUCAGCUGCUCACAGAAACAUGUGACCUAAAGACAAAGGUGGCCAUUCUGGAGGGAGACCUGAAGCAGCAGCAGAAGUCCAUGCAGGCCAUGGAGGCCAAGGCCCAGCAGCUGGAGGAGGAAGGGGAGCGUAGGGCAGCAGCUGAGAGGCAGGUGCAGCAGCUGGAGGAGCAAGUGCAGCUGCUGGCGGGGCGGCUGGACGGGGCUAGCCAGCAGAUCCGCUGGGCCAGCAAGGAGCUGGACAAGGAGAAGGCCCGCGUCGACAGCAUGGUCCGCCAUCAGGAGUCCCUGCAGGCCAAGCAGAGGACUUUGCUACAGCAGCUGGACUGUCUGGACCAGGAGCGGGAAGAGCUGCGGGGAAGUCUGGAUGAGGCUGAGGCCCAGCGGUCUGAGUUGGAGGAGCAGCUGCAGAGCCUCCAGAGCGAUAGGGAACAGGGACAGUGCCAGCUACAGGCCCAGCAGGAACUGCUGCAGAGCCUGCAGCAGGAAAAACAGGACCUGGAACAGGUGACUACAGACCUGCGGCUGACCAUCUCUGAGCUACAGCGGCAGCUGGAGGAGCUGAAGGAAAGGGAGCGGCUGCUGGUGACCUUCCCAGACCUGCACCUGCCAGAGGAGGCCCAGAUCCAAAGCUCUAGCAAUGUCACGCAGGACAUGGAGAGGCAAGUGCAAGCCAAUGCUAUCCGUAUCCAGGUCCUACAGGAGGAGAACAAGCGGCUCCAGUCGAUGCUGACCAAAAUCCGAGAGGUGGCCCAGCAGGGAGGCCUCAAGAUGGUCCCGCAGGGCCAGCUCUGGUCCCCUCCCUUCAAGGACAUCCAAGGAGCAACACCUCCAGCCCAGGCCCAGAGUGCAUUCUCAGGAUUGAAAGGCAGACGGCAGUCUCCUGGCAGCAGGACAAGCAGCACAGGCAGGACCCAUCCAGGCGGGCUCCGCACAUCCCCCUCUCGGCAGCCCAGCAGCUUGCCCAGCAAGUUCUCUUUGGGGGAUGGAACUCAUUCAGCAACCUGCACCCAGAACCCCAUAAGGGCCUUGGCCAGGCUGAGGAGAAAGCUUUCACCAAACCGUCAGGCUGGUUCUACAUACCAGCCCCAGGAGCGGCCCACGUAACCCGCAGCAGGGGUAGGGCUGGAGGGCAGGUGGCUAGCAGUCCCCCAUGGAAUAAAAGCCCCAGCCAUCUGCCCACUGCGAUCUUGGCCUCAGCGUGGCUGAGCUGGAGGAACAGACCUUCCCUUCUUGUUGGGUAAGGUCCUCUGUGACCCCACCAUGCCGGUCGCUGACCAAUGGAAGCCUCUCAUUGAGUUGGGAGCUUCCUGUCUGUAUCUGGCAGGCGCUGUGGGAGGACCACAUUGAGAGGCAGCAUCUGAGCCAAGUGAAGUCCAGCCUUUGUGUCCUAUAGAAAGGGCUGAGGGGUAACUCCACGUUCACUGGCCAGCACUCGGGGCAGGGCUUGGGGUAUGGGGACACAUCUGAAACAACGAGUUAGGCUAGGAGCUAGACCUCUGUUUCAGCAAGGCAGGCAGAGAGCAGUGGUGCCUUUGCCUUCCACCUGGGCUCUGCAUCUGAUACAAGACCAAAGGGCACCAGGCAGCUCACCGGGGAGCUUGUUGUUCCUCUAGGAACAACUGGGAAGUCCCUCUUAAGUCCUAGAAGUCAGAGCCCCACCAAACCAUUGGAGGACAGUCCAGGCCUUUGGAUACCUUAGCCAGCCGUGGGGCUCGCCCAGCUACAGGAUGACACAAGAUGGAACAAGGAUGCUACCAGCCACACCAUGCACACAGUGGUCAUUCUAAGCAAGCCACUAGCCUACCUUGAGUCGUGUUGUUUGUGAUGGACAGGCUCUAAAUUUUUACUGAGGAUUUCUCAGGGCACACUCACCUAGUGUGGGUGGCAUUAUUUAAUUGUGUACUAGGUUUGAGUGCCUAAGUCAAUAGUGAAGGUCUCCCAACCUGCUUCUUUUUGGGGGAAGGGGGUAUUUCAAGACAGCACUUCUCUGUGUAGCCCUGGCUGUCCUAGAACUCUGUAGACCAGGCUGGCCUUGAACUCACAGAGAUCUACCUGCCUCUGCCUCCCAAGUGCUGGGAUUAAAGGUGUGCGCCACCACUGCUGGCCCAACUCUGCUUCUUAACAGCCCAGAGGUUCUGGGGGAGACUGGAGGCUCUGAGCCACUCUACCCGGGGAGAGCCAGCUUUGGGCACAGCUCCCCGAGAGAGGCCCUGUGACUGCUGAAGAUCCCAUGCCUCUGCUGAGUCAGCAUCUACUUACUCACUCUCGCUUGUACCAGUCAGUAGGCCAGACCCUUCUCAUUUAGGUGACACAUACCCUAGGGAGGUUGAAACAGGAGGACUGAGAUCUUGAGGCUAGCCUAUGCCAUAUAGCAAGGGCCUAACUCAGACAGCAGGUGGACAGGCAUAAAACGAUAGGAAACAAUCAAAGAAGCCCAGAAGUCCAUCUUGAUUAGGCCCUUUGCUCAGGGUGCUCAGAGGGGAGAACUACGGUAUCACUCAGGGUGGCUCCGGGCAAGAGUCCAGCUCUUACAGCUCCUGCUGUGACAGAGCCUGAUGCUUAGCCUUAGGCUGUGGGGUUGGAGCCUUGCUGCUUCAAGGAGCCUUCCUUGCCUGGCUUCUUAUUGGUACCACCCAUCUUCAAGAAGGCAGCAGAGGUGGGCAUGGUAGCACUUUAAUCCUAGCACUCAGGAGGCGGAAGCAGGAGGAUCUCUUUGAGUUUGAGGCUAACCUGCUCUACAUAGAAAGCUCCAGCCAGAGCCACAUACAAACCCUGCCUCAAAAAGAAAAAGAAAAGAAAGAAAGGAAUGGAGGGUGUGCAGUAGAGAAUGUGUGUCCUGUAUGGGACACCCCUCGGUCCCCCACUUCCUCCUGCUUUGCGUGGCUUGUGUGUUGGUCAGACGCUUUCCUCAUUUCUAUUGUUAGUGCUUAGUGUUGGGAACUGAAUCCAGGCCCUUGUGCAUUCUAGGCAAGUGCUCUACCAGUUCCCCAUGCCUCAGCCCUUGCCUCUCGCAUCUGAAGAUCACCUUACAUAACCUGUUCACAGGGGCUGAAGCGUCUUAGAGUCAAUAUUUUAAACAUUAUGCAAGGUAUGUUUGUGCAGCCUAGGAGUGCAAGGCCUUGAGGAAUUUAAGAAUUCUACCUGUUCCCAGCAAGAGAAACCAAGGUGACUGGUAUUUUGUUUGUUUUUCUUUUUGAGAGUAGCCCAGGCUGACUUCAAACUCCCUGUGCAGCCAAGGAUGAUCAGGAGUUCGUGAUCCUCUGGUUUCCCUUCCCAGAGGACAAAGAACAAGGGGAUUGCAGGGACUGCCCAGCAGCCCGGUUUAGCCUUGAACUUUUUGUUUUGUGAUGUUAUAUUGAGACAGGGUCUCUCUGUAUAGCCCUGGCUGUCCUGGAACUCGCUAUGUAGACCAGGCUGGCCUCGAACUCACAGAGGUCUGCCUGCUUCUGCCUUACCAGUGCUAGGAUUAAAGGGGUGCACUGCUGUGCCCAGCUGGUCUUAAACUAUAAAUCCUCCUGUCUCCACCUCCAUGUUUCUGGGAUUAUUGGCAUAUGCCACCACAUACCCAUCUUUUCCUUAAUAUCUUAAAACAUCACACAGAUUUAUGUCUUAACAGAUUUAUGUUAAAAUAGAUUCCAUGUUUAUUUUACUAUUAAAACUGCCCUACCCAAA